AAUCCUCUUCCUAAUCAUCACUAUCUCUAAUGGAUUCCGAUGUCGCAUUCGACUAUUCUCCGAGGUUUAGGAUCUUCAAGAACGGCCGCAUCGAACGCCUCGUAGCGGAAACAUUCGUCCCACCGUCGCUAAAACCCGAAAACGGCGUCGUAUCUAAAGACGCAGUCUAUUCACCGGAGAAAAACCUCUCUCUCCGCAUUUACCUCCCUAAGAAAUCCGUCGAUGAAACCGGCGAGAAGAAAAUCCCACUACUCGUCUACUUCCACGGCGGAGCUUUCAUCAUGGAAACAGCUUUCUCUACAAUUUACCACACUUUUCUCACAUCAGCUGUUUCAGCCACUGAUUGCAUCGCCGUCUCAGUAGAUUACCGGCGCGCGCCUGAGCAUCCGAUUCCAAUCUUGUACGAAGAUUCAUGGGAAGCGAUUCAAUGGAUCUUCACUCAUAUAACCAGAUCUGGUUCUGAAGAUUGGCUAAACAAACACGCAGAUUUCAGUAACGUAUUUCUCGCCGGAGACAGCGCCGGAGCAAACAUUGCGCAUCACAUGGCGAUUAGAGUCGAGAAAGAAGAACUCUCGCCGGAAAUUUUCAAAAUAUCGGGGAUGAUUCUGUUUCAUCCCUAUUUUAUGUCAAAAGCUUUGAUUGAGAAGAUGGAAGUGGGAGCGAUGAGAUAUUAUGAGAGGCUUUGGAGAAUCGCGAGUCCUGAUAGUGAAAACGGUGUGGAGGAUCCGUGGAUUAAUGUGGUCGGGUCGGAUCUAUCUGAGUUGGGUUGCGGGCGGGUUUUGGUUAUGGUGGCGGGAAAUGAUGUGUUGGCGAGGGGAGGUUGGAGUUACGCGGCGGAGCUGGAGAAGAGUGGAUGGGUAGGGAAAGUGGAAGUGAUGGAGACUAAGGAGGAAGGUCAUGUUUUUCAUUUGAGGAAUCCUGAUUCUGAUAAUGCUCGUCGACUUUUGCGGAAUUUUGCAGAGUUUCUUAAAGAAGGAACAUGUUAAGCGACGUCGUUGAAAUGAAAAAUGCAAAAAUAC